AUGGCCGAACCCAGGCUGGGCUCCCUCGGCGGCGAAUCCUUCGCCAAAUGCACCGGUGGCGCCGAGUGCGAGCGAUGCCGCAGCAAAAGCCUGAACUGCAUCUACGACGACACUCUUACCAGCAGCACCAGUACCACCACCACCAACACUACCAACACUACCAAUACCACCAACACCACCAGAAGUCCCUCCGCCAGCUCUCCCGUGCUAGACCGCCACUCCUCUGUCGGCCCUUCGUCUCAUCCUCCUUCGUAUCCUCUCUCGCCUUCUCAUUCUCAUUCCUCCUACGCUCUGCCAAAAUGGCUGACAUCCCGAGAUCUGCCUUCGACCGACCUUGUCGUCGAGCUGAUCGACCUCUACUUUGCCCACAUCCACAAUGUUCGCUGCUUGGGCUUCUUGCAUAUCCCCAGCUUCAUGGAACGCUUCACACGCACAAACCAGGAUUCUCCUGCCGCCGAGCCAUCGCCUUCCCACUCGGGACUUGUCCACAUCAUGUGCGCGUUGGCCGCUCCGUUCUAUUAUGCGAAGUUGGUCACGGGUGCCGCGAGUGCCAACGACCAGGGGGACCUCGACCUCGUCCGCGUCGAGUCCGGCAUCCGCUUCUUCGAUGCCGGGAGAGGUUGGGCCGACGUUGCUGCGCAGGCUGUGUCAUCGAACUGUAGCGGCCUAGGAAGCGAGGCUCUCAUGAUACAGAUAUUGCUCCACGAAUACUAUUUGCGCACUGGCGACUAUGUAAAAGGCUUCCUCAUCUCAGGCACCAUCGCCCGGCACUUGCAAUUGUUGCAAAUCAACAUCGAGCAUAACCACGAUGUUCACCCCAUACCCCAACAGAACAAGACCUUUGGGGCCGUCCAAGAAAGUCGACGACGGCUUAUGUGGGCCUGUUAUCUCCUCGAUGCCUUCAUCGAGUGUGGUGUCGACCAGCUUCGCUUCGUCUCGACAGAUGAUAUCCAAGUCCAAUUGCCCUGCUCGGAAGAUCUAUUUGUCAGAAAUAUCCCCUGCAUUACCGAAAUGCUGACUCCGGGCAAGCUGCUCCCCUUGGUUGAUCAUUCACAGGGCACUGCUGCUGCCCACAACCUCGACCUACGCGCCUAUUAUAUCCGGGUCGUGGCCGUGCGCUCCAAGAUCCUGCGCUACGUCAAACAUCUACAAGGCGAAAUACCCUGGGAACAGGGUGAAGCCUCGCGCUUCUAUAUUCUGGACAGAGAACUUCGCGAACUGGAGGAUUCUAUCCCGGACAGCCUAAAAAUGUCCCCGGAAAACACCUACGUGUUCAAAGCCUACGGUCGAUUGAACCUGUAUUUCGGGCUGCACAUCCUCCUUGCCCAGACCUACAACGAUUUGUAUCGCAUUGGUGUUUCACAGUUGGUGUUUCCCAACAGCGCCACCAAAUGGAUCCGAGAAAAUGCUCCCAGGGACUUUAUCAGGCGAUCUCACCGCAUGUGCGCCACCAAGGCCAUGCAUGCCGGCUCUCUCCUGAAGGACUUGUGGCACUGCCACAAGCCGAGUCUCGUCGAUCUCCCAUAUCUGCAACACGCGCAGAUCUCCAGCAGUGUGCUGGUCACCAGUCUUGCCUCGUGGGCCGAGCCCGAGCCUCUGUCUCCUGAAAUCUCUCCUCGUGACUAUCGUGAGAUCCUAGAAAGCAACGUCCAAAUCCUCCAGUACCUCCAGCGGUACCUCAAGGCCAACAUGUACUACGAGUCAGCCAACCAGGCGCUGAAACGCUUCGACCGACUGCUCUCACGCGAGACAACUUGGCACGGUUGGAGCAAUAGCAAUACAUCGUCACUAGACCCCAGUACCGUCACCAACGACAGAAGCGACAACCCCCCGCAGUUCUCUCUCGAGUACAUUCUCAACCCGCUCGGCACGUACCCGAUGGCGCGGAAGGAAGUCGACGAUGGCCAACGGAUCGACCGACCCGCGCCUGAGAAUACUACCGCGCCCGAAUCCGCCACUGUCUUCAAUCUUGAGUCGGCUGUUGCAGAUACUCUGUACCCUGAUGGCGCGAGGGAUCCUGACGACAUGUUAUUGACUCACCACUCGUUGGACUGGGGUUCCGAGUUCACCAUCAUGGAUGGCAUCGGAUAUCCGACAUUUCUGGACCAGUUUCUGCGAGAAAAUGCUAGUCUCAAUCUUAAUCCCGACUAUCACCAUUGGCCAUUCGAGUGA